AAAAAAACUCCACCUAGAAAUCGAACGAACGUAAACAAAUGCGGCAAUUUCACCCCAAAGAGCACCAACAAUAUUUAUCUUUCUCGCACGUAACUACCGAAUAUAUCCGUGAUUGGCUGGCAGAGUUAUCAAAACUAAAAUGCUACUGAACCGGUUAUCCCGCAUCGUUCAGGUGGGGAGUAAGCUUACCACCUCGCUGCAAUGCAACCGGCUUCGAACGAGCUCACCGAUCAGGAGGAGCCUCUGCCAGGCGGCCCAUCCCAACGGUGCACUGUUUCAAAUAUCGGACGAUAAAAUACAGAAGUACCUCGAACGGCUGCGCCUGGAGUACUACGCGCUGAAGGUGCAGGAGCAGCGCACCCGAAAGGACAUCCAGCGCAUGCUGCUGCUCUCGAACGUGGUGGAGAUGUACGAGCAGCGCAAGAUAAUCGUGGACAAUCUCAGCUCGCUCAAGGAGCUGAAGGACGACAAGGACGACGAGAUGGUGCAGCUGCUGAAGGAGGAGCGGGAAGCGUACGGUAGCAUCCUGUUCCGGCUGGACAGCGAAAUACUGAACGGCAUUCUGUCGAUGGACGACGAGGAAGACUACGGUUCGCUCAUCAUGGAGGUGACGGCCGGUGUCGGUGGCCAGGAGGCGAUGCUGUUCGCGCGCGAACUGUUCGACAUGUACUGUGGGUACGUGGAGUACAAAGGGUGGGAGGUGGAGAUGCUGCAGACGGAGGAUACGGACAUUGGCGGGACGAGACACGCGACAACGGUCAUCAGCGGACCGGAUGCGUACCGCUACCUGAAGCACGAGGGAGGCGUCCAUCGGGUGCAGCGCAUCCCGGCGACGGAGAAAUCUGGCCGCAUACACACCAGCACCGUCACCGUGUCCAUCAUUCCCCGGCCGGACGAUUUUCAGGUCGAGCUGAAGGAGAAGGAUCUAAAGAUCGAAACGAAGCGCGCAAGCGGAGCCGGGGGACAGCACGUGAACACUACGGACAGUGCGGUCCGGAUCGUGCAUCUGCCCACGGGCAUUGCCGUCGAGUGCCAAACGGAACGAUCGCAGCAGAAAAAUCGGGAAAUAGCGAAACAGAAGCUGACCGCCAAGUUGAUGCAGAUCGAGCUCGAGGCACGGUUUAGCAGUACGCAAGCGCUCAAGAAAUCGCAAGUCGGCCAGAGUCUGCGCAACGAGAAGAUUCGCACGUACAACUUCAAUCAGGAUCGUAUUACGGACCACCGGAUAGAGGGAGGCACUGCGCACAACCUGAAGGGCUUUCUGGAGGGUGGCGAGCAGUUGGACGACAUGAUCGAGAAGCUGCGACGCUCCCAGCGCCGGAAGCAGCUGAUGGACAUCAUCAACCGGGAGUGUGAACAAUGAAACUGUAUUCCAUUCCCUUCCUUAAUCGCCUAGUCGCACGUUUUGAAGUAGAAAACAUACGUUACA